UACUCUUUUGAAGCUGACAUUAAGUUAGCAUUGGACCAGGAUUUACAUAUAUCUCUUUAUUUUAAUAAUUAAAGAAUAGCGAUUUUUGUUAAGGACAGCACAUUUAUUGCAGAAAUAAUUAGGUUAUUUGUGAUGGUUAAAAUCGGUGGACAAUGUUAUUUUGUACACUAUAGAUUUAUUAUGGAAUUUCUGGUCAAAAUUUUAUGGCAACUUUGCAUGAAAGUUAUUUCCACUUCACAAUGGAAUUUAGAUAAAUAGUUCUAACUCAGGUGCAUUUAUUCAUAACUUAUUGUCUGACAAGGGCAUAUAUAUGAGUGCUAAAGCCUCAUUCAUCAGGUCUUUGAAAGUCCAAGUGAUCUUAAUUUAGAACAUAGUAACAUAUUCUCGUGCUAUUUAUGUAUCCAAUUAUAGGUUGCAAUUACCCAUAAGGGAAUCCAGUAAGAAUGCAAAAAACUCUUACGACAGUACUGUAGCAGAGCUGCAUGCGUCUCAGCCACUGCAGAAUUCCUGUUGGUGAACAAACAUAACAAGAUGGGAAAGUCCAAUCAGUCUUCUGUGACAGAAUUUGUCUUGCUGGGACUUUCUGGCUACCCAGAGCUGGAGGCCAUUUACUUUGUUCUGGUCCUGUGUAUGUACCUGGUGAUCCUGCUGGGAAACGGUGUUAUCAUCAUUGUGAGUGUCUAUGACUCCCAUUUGCACACCCCUAUGUACUUUUUCCUCAGUAACUUAUCAUUUUUGGAUAUCUGCUACACUAGUUCUUCUAUUCCCCUAUUCCUCAGUAGUUUCUUAACGUCAAAGAAGACCAUUUCCUUCUCUGGAUGUGCAGUACAAAUGUUUCUUUCAUUUGCUAUGGGAGCCACAGAGUGUGUCCUUCUAAGUAUGAUGGCAUUUGACCGCUAUGUGGCCAUCUGUAACCCUCUGAGAUACCCCAUCAUCAUGAGCAAGGCUUCCUACGUUCCCAUGGCUGCUGGGUCCUGGAUCGCAGGAGGUGUCAACUCUGUGUUGCAGACUUCUCUUGCAAUGCGGCUUCCUUUCUGUGGGGAUAAUGUCAUUAAUCAUUUCACUUGUGAAAUCUUGGCUGUCUUAAAAUUGGCUUGUGCUGAUAUUUCCAUGAAUGUUAUUAGCAUGGCUGUUGCUAACAUGAUUUUUCUUGUGGGCCCAGUACUUUUCAUUUUUGUCUCGUAUGUUUUCAUUCUCUCCACCAUUCUGAGGAUUCCUUCUGCAGAGGGGAGACGCAAAGCCUUUUCUACCUGUUCUGCCCAUUUAACAGUGGUUAUUAUAUUCUAUGGGACCAUCCUCUUCAUGUAUGCUAAACCUAAGGCUAAAGACUCUUCUGGCGCAGACAAAGAACAACUCAGAGACAAAAUUAUCUCUCUCUUCUAUGGCGUGGUGACACCUAUGCUCAAUCCACUUAUCUACAGUUUGAGGAACAAAGAUGUGAAAGCAGCCGUGAAGAAUAUACUGUACCGGAAGCGUUUCUCAGAGGAAAAGUGAAUGCUAUUCUAGUAAAAAAUUUUUUUUCACUCUAAAUGCAAGGCUAAUUCUCACCUGAAGUUUCCAAAAUAAAUAUAAGAGCUGGUAAUAACCACUAAUUCUUGAGAUUCUUGUUUUUCUGUUUCUGUUAUUUAAAUAAAAGAGUAAUAGAGGGCUAACAUUUUCCCUUCAUGACAAAUUAAGGAGAGGAGAAAGAGACAUUGUUAAGAAAUUCUGAUCCAAUCUGUGCUCUUCCUCAUGGAUAACAAUUUAGUUUUUUUUUUUUUCCUUUUUUUUUUUCAUCGGUACCGGGGAUCGAACUCAUGACUGCCUGCUUGCAAAACAAUUUAGUUUAAACCUAGAAUUCUGACUUCUGUAAUCUUAUGCAAAAGGAAGUACCAUUUUACUAACAUCCUCUUAUCUCCUAUGUACAUAAAUUGUCUUGUCAUAUUCUUCUUAAGAUCAAGUAGAAAGCAUCUUAUUAAGAAUCUGAGUGCUAUAUAAACUCAACAUUAAGUAAUUCUUUUUGUAUAUCUUUGUCAAUGUUUGCAUAACAUAUUGUUUACACUCCUGGUAUAGAGUUGGUACAAGUAUAUAACACAGGGUAAUUCCUCUCUACAUUCCCUUCCCUUCCCCCAUCUUCGCCCCUCCCUCCACCUCUUGAGCCCUUUUCUAUUUGAUAAAGAUAUAUCUUUCUACUUCUUAUCUCUACCCUUGAUUUUGCUCUUUAUUUAUAAUUGAAUUUCUCAUGUAAGAGAAACUAUAUGAUAAACUUUGGCUUGAUUUAUUUCAUUUAAACUUAUGGUCUCAAGAUGCAUCCAUUUUCCUACAAAUGAUUGGAGUUUAUCUUUUUUAUAGCAGAGCAAUACUUCAUUUUGUGUAAAUACCACAUUUUCUUUAUCCAUCUGUUGGACUUAGGAUGCUUCCAAGAUUUGCCAUUGUGAAUUGUGCUACUGUAAACAUGGGUAUGCAUGUGUCAAUGUAAUAUGAUUUUUAAAAACUCUGUCAGAGAGAGACCAAGAAGGGAACUAGCUGGUUUAAAUGGAAUUUUUUAUUUUAGUUUCUUGAGAAAUCUUCUUACUGGUAUCCAUAGUGGUUGUUCCUAACAGCAAUGUAGAAGGGUUUUUUACCCUGCAGUCUUGCCAGCAUUUGUUAUUAUUCGACCUCUUGAUAAUGGCCAUUCUUUCUUAGGCAUAUUGGUGUGUUUUAAUUCGAAUUUUUCUAAGGACUAGUGAUUUUGAACA